CGGAACUCCCGUGCUCUGAGAACAGCGAUGCCUCUUUAGUCGAUGAAUCGAUGCAUGUCGGGUGCCCGAUGGGAGAACUGCCGCCCAUGAAGAGGUCGGGAGGUCAGCUGAGCGACACCGCGGCGGACGGGUCGACCAAGCGCCGCAGAAGCGCCGGUCACGCUGACAGCACCAGCCCCGCGGCGCUGGGCAGAGCGAGUCGACAGAUCCUGGUCGGAAGCCCGCGCGAGCUCUUCCGCGAGGCCUUGGACCUCACGGGCAGGCUCCUGGAGAAAGGUCUUCGUGUCCUCUGGGUCUCCAGGCAGGUGCGGAGCCGCUGGGAGACCCUGCGGCGUCAGCUCUGCGAAGAAAGGUAUCCCAUGGCCAUCAGCCUUCAGCUUCAAGAUCUUCAAGGUGGUCAGCUUCAGCCCUUGCAGAUCACCCAUCCAAGCUGCUUGUUGUCGCAUCUCCUGCAAGGCCGCGAUCUGAACUUUCAUCUCAUCUUCGACAACUGCGGCUUCUCCUUCGUCACGGAGGCCUGUUUGGCCUUGCUCCGCCAGCCGCACUACCUCCUGCAGCCCUUCCCCGGCUCCGACGACGAGCACCACUGGCUGCGCGCUGCCUCCGCGGCCAGCAGCGCCCUGCGGGUGGUGUGGGCGUUGCGGCCGCGGAGGCUGGUGCCGCUGGCGCCUAGCUGCUCCAUACUGAGCGUGGUGGGUGAACUGUUGCGGAAGAAAAAUGAAGUGCUGGUGGUCACCGAGGAUACAGAGGAGGUCACAAGCCUCAAGAAGAAGUUGUCGAAGCUGAAGAGAAGUCCAUGUGGCCUGGAAACAGGGCUUGGCUCAGAGAUGUGGGUCUUGGACUGCGACAGCUUGCAGUUCGAGGCGCGACGCUUCAAAGUGAUCCUGGCGACCCAGGUCACCUCCACCCAGGCCUGGCACCAAAUUCUCGAUGCGCUCGAGGAUGACGGAGAACUUUUUGAAUACCAAUGCAGCCAGUCAGCUUCGGAGAUCGAGAAGCUCGAGCACCUCUUUGCUUGGCUGGAUAGAGAUCAAGAGACGCUGGGCCAGACAUGGGACCCGUCGCCAAUGCUGGGCUUGUCCGUCGCCUGGGUGUUCAGCUCGACCUCUUUCAGGAAGCGCUCGACGGAGGCGCCCGUACAGGCGCUGGUGGUCGAAGAGGACCGGUGUCGCAUCCCAGGCUGCCUGGCAGAUGCAUUGGUCACGCAGUUUUUUGGCCAUCCGAGACCUGUGUGGUGUCGGAUGGAAAGCGUUUCACCCGUGUUCGAGGCCGAGGCCUAUCACACGGAAAGCCAUUCCUGGCAGGUGUGUCCUUCCAAGUGGCGUUCGGAGAAGAUGGCUCGAAGGCAUGCGGCCUCGGAGAUUUUGAGAGGCUGGACGAAUGCAGGUGUCCAAGUGGCGGAGAAGUUGUUGGAGCUCUUCAAAGAGAACAUGACGUGUCCCUUCCUCUUGGAGUUUUACAUGACAUUGCGGCUGCCACCCCUCCAACCAGAGGUCGAGCUCUAUUCCUAUGCGCUCCGCCUAGAAGAUCAAUCCUUUGCGCCUUUGCUCAUCAUCUCUGCGGAAGACUGGGGCAAAAAGCGGACGCACUUCUUGGAGGAUGUGCCGGUACUUCUUGGGUCUAAGAUUCACCAGAAGAGCAUGGAGCUGGAUGUGCAGUUUGCAAAGAAGCUUCGCUUGUCACCAGGAGAUCUUUUAGCUUUGUGCACCUGGACUCGAAAGAUGUGGCGUGUUGUCUUUGACCCCUCCACCUGGCAUCAGGUGUGCCCCAGGGAACCCGCUUUCGUGGUGGCUCCAAGAUCGCCGAUGGGUGAAGUCGAUUUGGAGAAGAUGAACGAGUGGAUCAACCUGCCCGAGGACUGUAGCGCGUGUGACCUCAAGCUGAAGGCGCCUGCGCCCCGCACACCCGUGCCCCGCGGUGCCGCGCCGCCUCUGCCGCGCCCAGCAUGUGUGGCUCCCACGCCCGGGGUUGCGAGGGCGGGGCCCCUUCUUGCGCCGCAGGUCUUUGUUGACUUGGAGGCCGAGUUGUGGAGAGCUUUGAGGAGCCUUCCAGCGGUUCUGCUGCUUCAGAGCUUCUGCCACCACCUGGAUCGAGCCACCGAUGAGCUCCGGCGACGCGGGAGCUGCUGUCGUGAAGUGGAGGAUCCCUGUGCUGGCCUGGCGACCGCCUGGAAGUUCGUUAAGGAAGCGGCUUUCGACAUGAAGAAAAGCCAGCGGCUUCGGUGGUUGGGUGAAUUAGUCCUCAGCACGGCGCCGACCUGGACGUCUCUCUUUUCCUGCGCCAACGACAACGACGCGUCCUCCGCAGGGGGCCCGACCGGUGCGACCCAAGCGAGCUCUGGCGCUACCGCUCUGUGGGCAGCUGGGCGGUGUCAACUCGAACUGCCUGAGUGGUGGGGGCUCUUCACGGAGCCCGGCGGCUCGGCAGGCUCAGCAACGACGGCAAGCCGUCACCUGCAAGGAGCUUUGCUAGGUGCGCUGUGGCACUUGAGACAGGUGGAUUGGCAGCAGAAGCACUGCUGGUGGCGCCACUUGGCCCUUCUCAGUGGUGCAAAGCUGGGCGCUGAAGGUCUGCCGGACCUCACGUCUCUGACUUGCUGGAUCUCGCAAGAGUUGCAGGACGCCGGACGAUGCCUUCGCGGCGGCGCGGCCGACGGCGGUGCGACGCCGGUCGGGGCGUGGGACGCGCGUCUGGCGGCGCUCGGCAUGGCGGUGCUGAGGGCGCUGCUGGGACAGGAGCUCUUCGAUCGCUUCCCAAACUGGGGCGACGGUCACUUGUCGCGGCUGCUGGGGCGGCUCACGAGCAAAGCGUGGCUCUCCAGGAGAGCUGAGAGACUCUUCGAAAAGGAGUUGCCCGGUGGCUGGGAGAUGGACCUCUUGGAUGAUGAGGCGAGCUCAGACUGCGACUCCGGCCUGCGGCUGUGCGCUUUGGCCGGCACCAUACUGGUAGAUGCUCACGGGCAAGUGAUGUGUGUGAAGGAGGCCCUGCUGCCCUGGCUGUGGCCACCGGAGCACCUGCUGAUGGCCUGGGCGAUGUCCACUGGUGUUUGGGAGGAGGAGGAGCUGGGAGGAUUCUAUGUGAUUCCUCAUGACAGGUCUGAGCUGGUGAACUGCAGCUGUUCCGCGCAGUUCGGGGAGUCCAGCACUCCAAACCUCAUGGAGGAGAGUGAGGAGGAGCCCUUUGAGGUUCCCGCUUCUUCGAGACUCUUGGAGCCCUGGGCACCCGAGACUCAGUCCGAAGCGGACGUCCCGCCCGAAGCGGACCGCGCGCACGUCCCCGUUCCGGGCGCGCACCUGGAGGCCUUCUACCAGCGCUUCCGGUCAGCGAUGUUGGACGCGUAUUUUCUGCAGAAGAAGCAGGUGAAGGUGAUGAAGGAUGGCCGCUGGGUGACCUCCUACCUCCGCUUCCACCCCCAAAAGCAGCGGUUCGUGCUGCCCGAUGAUGAUGAGCCCAUCAGUGCCAGUGAGGUGCGGUUUGAGGAGGCCGUCAGCGAGGAGCCGGCAAAGAGCCUGGACUUCCGUGCGGAGAUGAGCGUGGGCGGCCCGCGCGGACAGACGCUCCUGGCGCUCGGCGUGGAGCGCAGCGCGCGGCAGCCGCGCUUCCAUCGGAAGUAUGGCAGCGAUCGCUUCUUGCGGGUUCGAUGGAAGCAAGAGAAUGGGGAGAGCAGCUGCAGUGCUCAACAGCUGAAGCAGUGGCUCAGGGGCUUUGCAUGGCUCGGUCGGUGGUGGGAGCUCUUGCGCCCCAACACCAAGUCCAAAGCGAAAUGCCACGGUGGGGUCUUUGUGAAUGACUCGGACUUCCAAGUGACCUUCUUUGCCGUGCGACCUUGCACCACAGAGGAAGAGGCCUGGUCUCCUGGCCAGCAGCUGGCCUCUUCUGUCGCUGCUAGCGCUGGCGGUCUCGUGCUGCCGUUCCCCCACGUGAGUGCCGCGGAAGCCCGGCAAUUCCACAUCCCCACAGAAACCACGUCCGGUUGCCCAGCGGAGUGCGAGCAACACUUCUUGUGCCGAGAAGGGAGAAAGGCACGGCCAGAACAGGAGCUUCUCAAGAAUCCCAGCAAGUACUGCAAGCGCCUGGACCUUGGAUUCAGCGAUGUGAUCCCCACCAUUGUCCUGCAAGCCUCUGAGAUCCACGAUAUAGAGGAUCUGCGGACGACCUCAAACGCCGUGGCCAGCGAUGGCUGCGGACGGAUUGGCUGGAAGUUGGCGGAACGAGUGGCGAAGCUGGUGGGUUUGGACUACGUUCCCUCUCUAUUCCAAGCGCGCUUGGGGUGCUGCAAGGGCUGCUGGCUCGUGGACUUUCGCAAGGAGUUCUGGUAUAGAGUGUACAACACACGAUCGAUGUAUAAGUGGAAGAUUGACUGGGCCUCCUCAGACGAGCUGCUCAGAACCUUUGAGGUGAAGGAUUACUCCAGGAAGACGGCCAGCAAGGGCUUGUUGAACACACAGCUCAUCGCCGUUCUGGAAGCUGGCGGCGUUCCGCUGCAGAUCUUUCAAGAGUUGCAGAAGGCGGAGCUCUGCAACUUCGAGGAGGAGAAAUUUGGCACCCCCGGCAUGCCACAAGCAGAUCCCAAGUCUGAAGGCAUCGCCCAGUUGGCGGUGCGGAUGUUCGACGCCGGCCUGGACCCGCGUCAGGAGCCCGCCGGUUGGGAUUCGCUGGUGCAGUACCACCUGGGCACGUUCCGACGCUUGAGGCAGGAGGCGCAUUACGGCUGCAGCGACAGCUGGCGCGCCAAGCUGGCGCCGGACUUCACACGGAAACUUUUAGAGUUCGAGGCCAUCUUCAAGCUCCCAGGCGGCGCCUACUUCGAAGGUGCGGCGCUCCUGAGCCGCUCGCCCUGCACGGCGCCCUGGGAUGUGCAGCGCUUCCGAUUUCUGGGGCAGGAGGAGAUCCUGGAGCGCUUCGGCACGCAGGGAUAUCCCUUCUUGCAUGAUGAUGUGAUCAUCCUCAGUAGCCAUGAGGAGUGCCGCUGUCCUCCAGCGGACUACCUGGCCGGUGGCGACUUCGAUGGCGACGACGCUCUGCUGCUGGGACAUGCCAAGUUGGUGGCGGCCUUUCAGCCGAGCAGAAAGGAUGACGUCGCCUGCCAGCUCGCGGCAGGGUUCGGAAAGAAGGCCAACGUGCCGGCCGAGCAUCUGGGCACCGUGCACUUGGAGGAGUCCUUUGAUUUACUUUGUGAAGUCGAGAAGAACGCCAUUUGCAAUGGCUUUCUGGUGGGGCAACUGGGGAAUCUCUGGUCCUACUUGGCGGACCAAAAAGGUGCGAAGGAGGAGAAGACCAUCCAGGUGGGUUUGCUCUUUCAACUGGCUUUGGAUGGGAAGCUCCCAGAAGAUCUGGACUUCAAGAAGAUUAAGGAUGCCUUGCAGAUCCAGGAGCCGGGCAUUCCCCAUUGGCAUCCCAAAGCGCAUAGUGCCCGGCACACACGGCACUCGGAGAGCAUUCUGGGAGAGCUCUACGAUGGGCUGGAGGAAGAGGAACAGAAGUUGAGGUGGCGGAACCAGUACGCAGGCGAAUUCUGCAAGAACAUCCAUCACAUCUGUGACGUCACCGCAGACUUUGACAAAGUCCCCGGCUUUCUGGACUUGGUGCAAAAGCACUUGGAGAAGGCCAGAAAGGAUUUCAGCAGCUACGUGAACUACUUGAAGGGCCGGCGCGACCCUGCUGCUUGCCGGCAAAAAGCCCGUGCCUACAUGGAGAUGACCUACCCAGCACAGGAGUUGAAAUACAUGGCCGUGGCCUUCCACCGUGCUGGCUUGGAGUUUCUACGCGAGUCCUUGAAUGGAUGCAUGUUUUACUGGCAGAAAGACAAGAUCCUGAUGCACUCGUGGGAUAUCUUCAAGGGCGAGCUUCUGCAAUGCUUGGCCACGCAAGGCUUUGCGAAGGCGCCCUACCCGAUGGAUCCCGGGGCACGGACCCAGCUCCAACGGAAGCGGCCGCGAUGAGGAUAAGCGCAGAUGUGGGAGAAUGUCGUGGCUGGAUGAGCAUGUGAGAUUUUGACGCCGAACACGACGCCUUAGUACAGAAGCCCAGGUGGAUUUGGCCACCUCCGAUGCCGAUUGGUCGUCCAGGAUAGCCAUCGGAAGUACCUGGACCAUCCGACCAUCUGGGUGUCCGGACGGCUGCAGAUCCCAGCCAGGACACUCAGAUGGUCGGAUGGUCCUUGCACAUCGCUCGGAGGAAGAAAUCAAGCCUGGCAGAAAAACAGAGCCGCAGAGCCGAGCCGUAAUUCACGGAUGGAGCGUAAGGGGCACAUAGGAGACUGAUCAAGCUAUGAGGACCACGAGGUCUGAUUUCUC